AGGAAGGUGGGGCGGAUGUGGUAACAGCUGGCCCUUGCACGACCCUCUCAACGCAACACGUCUCCCUUCCCAAUGGCUCACCUCUCUCUCUCCUCUCUCUCUCCUCCACCGUCUUCUUCUUCGUCUCCGCCCCUGCGACUUCACGGGAGAAUCUUUUCUCCCUUCUGCCGAGUCCAAGUUUCUUCCUCUUCUACUUCCUACUUGCAGCCGAAAGUCGUUGUUACCAGAGAACAUGGCAAGAAUGGCAAGCUUAUCAAUGUUCUGGCUGAACAUGGGAUUAACUGUUUGGAGUUUCCACUCAUUCAACACACAAAGGGACCUGAUUUGGAUAGGCUUUCUUCUGUAUUAAGUGCAGAUACUGCAUUUGACUGGAUCAUCAUAACUUCACCUGAAGCGGGUUUGGUCUUUCUCGAGGCAUGGAAGGCUGCUGGAGCCCCGUGCGUAAAUGUUGGUGUUGUAGGAUCUGGUACACAAAGUGUAUUUGAAGAAGUAAUGCAGUCCUCAAAGCAAUCACUCAGAGUUGCAUUUGCCCCAUCAAAAGCGACAGGUAAGGUUUUGGCUUCAGAGCUUCCAAAGGAUGGGAACAGGAAAUGCACAGUAUUAUAUCCUGCAUCUGCAAAAGCUAGUGGUGAAAUUGAGGAAGGCCUGUCUAGUCGUGGAUUUGAGGUCACAAGGCUGAACACGUACACAACGGUACCUGUCAAUGAUGUGGAUGAAAUGGUUUUCAAGCAAGCACUUUCUGCUCCUGUUGUUGCAGUAGCUUCACCAUCUGCAGUUCGUGCCUGGGUCAAUCUUCUUUCAGAAUCUGAGCGGUGGGGCAAUGCAGUUGCCUGUAUUGGUGAAACAACUGCUUUGGCUGCAAAAAGAUCAGGCUUGAGAAAUGUAUACUACCCAACAAAUCCGGGUCUAGAAGGUUGGGUUGACAGCAUCCUUGAAGCCUUGAGAGUACAUGAUCGAUUCCAGAAGAUAAAUCAAGUUGUCUCUCCUUAGUUCUCGUCCUCGGCCUUGGCUGGCUAACAAGGAGCCAACAGGUGCAAGUUGAAGCAGAAGCCUGAGAUGCAGAAGUUUGUAAUUCAUGUCUAAACUUGUUGCAAAAACUAUGCAAACAGCAGGGCGAAAAGAUAUCAAAACUGUUCGCUUUCCUUGGGUACAAAAUCUUGGUGGCUGUGCUUCUCCCGAGAGAAGAGAAGAGGGAUGUUGGAUGAUAUUGCAGGAAAGAUAGCCUUAACUUGUAUAUGCAUUUGUGUAGAGAUAAGAUAGAUAUCCCAUUUUUGUGUUAGGGACCUCUUAUGUACAUUUGAUGCUUUAAUGGAAAUUCACUUUUGGACAGGUUUUUGUU